AAUAAUAUGUGCGAGGUAUAAAAGAAAAAAGAAAAAAUCGAGAGUUUUAUUUUCGCUUAUAAAUCUUUUUCCCUCCCAGGUAAUUUCAUUAAUGAUAUACUACCGCCCUAAGGUGGUAACUAGGCCCUGGGAACAAAGUUCAGAUAUCACCUGCAAAGUGAUUUUUAUGUUAUGUGGUCACUCUGUACUUUAUAACAAAGCAACCUUGUUCCCAUGAUUUUUUUUGUCAAUAAGCGCAGUGUUGAUGAGGGACAAAAAGCCUUUCCGGGGGAUAAGAUUAACACAAAAGAAAUUAUUUCCUUUUUAAAAAAAACUUUUUUUUUAAUUCUUUUUAAGCUUUUAUUUGUUUUAGCAUUUUUAAUUUUUAUUGUAUACUUCUGUUUCAAAAUAACAUUGAAUUUGUUACCAGUUAGGUGUUAUCAAAACAAACAAUAACUUCUUUUCCAGUCGCCUGUGAGAUCCAUUGUUGAAUAAUAAUUGAUUGCGAGAAAAUAACAAUAAAGGAAUUGGUUACUACCUUGUUUUUCUUUUUUAUAUAUAAUUUUAAUAAAAUCCAUAUUGCGUCUAGUGGAUGUUUUUUCAUCUUCAGUUUUAACCUCAAAAGUUUUGAUCAUGUUCCGAAAGUUAAUGUUAUUGAUGCGUUUCACGUUUAUGGUUUUUUUAACGUUGUUUAUAUCCUCCUUGAAAGCAAACAUUGGAGUUAACACUGCACAUGAGAAUUCAACAAUGCGAAGAAAUUUCACAUCUCGUACAAAUCGUCUAAUCCCUUUUUCACUUGAGCCACAGAACAAAUUCUGUGUAAAUAGAGAUAAGCUGAAUACGUUUAGCUGUGUUCAACAGUCUUCUGUUCUUUCGUUAAAAGUUAUUUGCGACCAGUUUGAUCUACCGUUGCGAAAUUGUUCCUGCCGUUCUUUCACUAACCUUUACGACUUGACGAAACCAAUAUGUAAUGUGUCCGUACGGAUUAUGACUUAUAAUUAUCAUAAGAAGUUCUCACAAACGUAUGCAUCUGUUUCUAUUAUAUCAUCUGCGUGUGGUAUUGUGGGUAAUGCAUUUGUAAUCGUUCUAACUUUACGUAACCGAAGAAGAAAAAUAUUUCCUACAUUCAAAAAAUUAAUAACGGUUUUGGCUACUUGCGAUUUCGUGUUUGCCGUUACACAGUUAAUGUAUGUUAUUCCAAUGCUUUGGACGAACACGUGGUUGUAUGGAGAGAUUCUUUGCAAACUUCUGACAUGUGCAGAAACACUAGGCGCAACACUCGCGAUCGGUAUAAUAGUUAUUAUCAGUAUUGAACGUUUUAAAAGCGUUACAGAUCCUUACCAACAGAAAUCUCGGUACUCGGUUAAUAAGUACCUCGCCGUGAAUAUUUUUCUGAGCGUGGCUUAUAGUUUACCCAUAUUGAUGUACACACACGUGAACGAGUUUCAAAUCUGCAGAUGGAGCACACCGAAAGUGAAUUCUAAGGCCUACCAUACAUUUAAUUUUGUUUGCUACUUUUUGCUACCAAUAUCAGUCAUAUCAGUACUGUAUUUUCGAAUUUACGUAACGCUAAAACGUAACGCGAACGCCGUAAAGUUAAAUACGCGAAGUAUCGAACGAAUUACGCGAAGAACGAAAGAAACACGUCGUAACGUGAAUUUAUUACUGGCUGUUGUUAUCGCUUUUUUCACUCUGUUACUACCGAGACACAUCAUCAUUUUAUACUUUGAAUACAUGGGAUGGCAAGACUAUGUUCCAGGUUCGGCUAUGUCUUUAGAAACAUAUUUUUAUUUAAUGUAUUUUGCGUUUUUACCAUAUCCGCUACAUGUAGCCAUCAAUCCUCUUAUUUAUACCUUCGCUACCAUCAAGUGGAGAAAAAAAAUUCAAGAGUUUUCGAAACAAGUCUUUGAUAUAAGCGAAUGGAGCGCAACACUUCGAAUUCAAAACUAACUUAAAAACGAACAAUUAAAAAUAUUGACCCGAACUUUCAUAUUUUACAGAACAGAACAUAGAAGACUUUAUUGGUUGACAAGAUAUCUACGACUUAAAAAAGCAAAGUGAUUAUUUCAUGGUAGUAAAAUAACAUCCAGUUAGCGUACAUACUAGAAGAGAUCACUGAUUUCAACUUUUUGUGUCUUCAGUACUGUUUGUGUAUCGUUUAGCGAGGUCGAGCUUCUAUGAAAUUUACCUUAGCAAAUCUAAUACUAUUUUUAAUUUUUCGUGGUUAGCUCUAACACUAGAAAAGAAAAAUAUGACUUUUAAGAAUUUUUAGGUGAUUAAGGAGAUCAAGCAAAAUCUAGUAUUGCUGGCCAGCCUGCGUAAGUUGGCGCGGAAAAAAC